AUGGCUGGCGGCGGCGGCACAAAGUCUCCCGAGGAGCAACAGGCGGCUAUCAACGCCGCCUUGGAGAACAAGGCCCUCUCUAACUAUUUGUACUACAUCAUAGCAUGUGUCUCAGCUGCCGUCAUCAUCUGGAGAGUCUGGACCGCCAUCGUUAAGUACGUUCGUCAUGUCGCCUGCCUCAACAACGACAACCAACGCUACUUCGUCGAGACCGAUUCCAAGUUUGCCUGGAUCAAGCGCAAUGUCCUCUACGCUCCCAUCUUCAGCAAGCGUCACAACCGCGAAAUCCAAAUGAGCAGCGCCAUCAACGUCGGUACUCUGCCCAGCCGCCUGCAGCUUCUGUUCCUCGUCGGCUACUUUGGCACCAAUGUCGCUUUUUGCGUCAUCAACAUUCCCUUUGCCGGCUCAUUCGCAGCCGCCGCGGGACAGCUUCGUAACAGGACCGGCACUCUUGCUGUUGUAAACAUGAUUCCUUUGUUCCUGAUGGCUGGACGCAACAACCCCCUGAUCAAGCUGCUUGGCAUCUCUUUUGACACAUUCAACUUGCUGCACCGUUGGUUCGGUCGCAUCGUUAUCCUUGAAGCUGUUGCCCAUACCCUUGCCUGGUGGGCUAACAAGGCCAAUACUUCAAGCUGGGAGUCUGGCUGGCAAUCCAUCAUCGCGGUCCCUUUCCUGCUUUUUGGAUUCGUUGCAACCUGCUCGUUCGUUGCUCUCGGCAUUCAGGCCUCGAGCCCCAUUCGCCACGCCUUCUACGAGACGUUCAAGCUCCUUCACAUCCUGCUGGCCAUCGCGGCUGUUGUUGGUACCUGGUACCACUUGCAGAUGAAGGCGCUACCGCAACUCAAGUACUUGUGGCCAGUCAUCAUCUUCUGGGCCGGCGACCGCGUCUGGCGUGCUGCUCGCGUCUUCUAUGGCAACGUUGGACAUGGAGGAAGCACGGCGCUCGUUGAAGCUCUCCCCGGAAAUGCAUGCCGCGUUACUGUCACCAUGGCCCGUCCCUGGACUUUUGGACCCGGCCAGCACGCCUACAUGUACCUGCCUUCCCUCAGCUGGUGGCAGUCCCACCCUUUCUCAGUUGCGUGGGCCGAGGAAGCCGAGGACCCCCAGGCUGAAAAAAUGUCUCUUAACCGUCAGGAUAUCCUGGCCAUGCGCAAGACCACCAUGUCCUUCAUCAUUCGCGCUCGAACUGGAAUGACCGAUACUCUGUAUCGCAAGGCCGCUGCGAGCCCCGAUGGUCGCAUGACCACUUCCUGUAUGAUCGAGGGACCUUACGGUGGCCUGCACAGCAUGCGCUCAUAUGGUACCACCAUGCUGUUCGCCGGCGGUGUUGGUAUCACUCACCAGGUCCCUAUCGUCCGCGAUCUCGUUGCCGGCUAUGCCAACGGCACGGUUGCCGCCAGAAAGGUUGUUCUGGUCUGGAUCAUCCAAAGCCCCGAGCACCUUGAGUGGAUCCGCCCAUGGAUGACGGAGAUUCUCGCCAUGGAGAAGCGUAGGGAAAUUCUCCGUAUCAUGCUCUUCGUCAGCCGUCCUCGCUCUACCAAGGAAAUCCACAGCCCUUCAGCCACCGUCCAGAUGUUCCCCGGCCGCCCCAACAUUGAGACGCUUAUCCGCGCUGAGCAAGAGUCCCAGGUUGGCACAAUGGGCAUUAGCGUCUGCGGGCCCGGCGCUCUCAGUGACGAGGUGCGUCGGGCUGUACGCGACCGCCAACAUGACACCGCCAUCGACUUCAACGAGGAGGCCUUUUCUUGGUAA